UUUUUUGGGAUUACAUCACCAAAUCGUCACAGUGUCCAGUCUGAGCAGGCAAGAACAACACUGUCUAUCUGAGUUCCUUUAGCUAGACUCUGCAAGAACUACACUAUCAAGAAGGAGACACCAUAGCCCUAUUGACUGGUUGGGAUACAGAACAAGACAACAUACUGCAGGACGACAGACAGGCAUCAUGACAAAGGGCAAGCUUUCACUUGCAAACAAGGCCACCAAUGGCUCCUUCAGUGAAGAAGCCUUAGUGUCACCAGCUCCUCCCAGCUAUCAGGAAGCCACCGAGGGCACCAGUGCUCCUUGCUACAGUGAUGUUGAGAUGCUCACAGAGUUCACCUGGGAUGAUCGCAACAUCAGGAGGGUCUUCAUCCGUAAGGUGUACACUAUCUUGAUGAUCCAGCUUUUGGUCACUCUCGCUAUUGUGUCUCUUUUCACAUUCUGCGACCCAGUGAAGGACUAUAUUCAAUCCAACCCAGGCUGGUAUUGGGCGUCUUACGCUGUGUUCUUUGUCACAUAUCUCACCUUAUCUUGCUGCUCUGCACCAAGGAGACAGUUUCCAUGGAAUCUGAUUCUGCUUGGCAUCUUUACCCUCUCACUCUCAUACAUGACAGGGAUGUUGUCCAGCUUCUAUAACACCAAGUCAGUGGUGAUGUGUCUGGGCAUCACAGUAGCAGUCUGUCUCCUGGUCACAGUCUUCAGCUUCCAAACUAAGUUCGAUGUGACAUCAUACCAAGGCGUGCUCUUUGUCUUCUGCAUGGUCAUGUUCGUCUCUGGACUGGUGCUGGCACUCGUCCUCCCCUUUCAAUAUGUACCCUGGUUGGAUGCCACCUACGCUGUCCUGGGAGCCAUACUGUUUACCAUGUUUUUGGCAUUUGACACCCAGCUACUCAUGGGGAAUAAGCGCUACACCAUGAGUCCAGAAGAGUAUGUCUUCGCCACUCUCAACCUCUACCUAGAUAUUAUCUACAUCUUCUCCUUCUUCCUCCAAAUCUUUGGAACUAAACAAGAGUAAACCAUCGCCCCACCUAUCUUACCUACAGAAAAGGAAUGGGAAUUUAGGCAGAAAUAAUAAGAGUAUUUUAAAAUUUUGGUGAUUGUGAUGACAAUG